AUGAUGUCCAUGUCUCUCCGGGCUUCGCGCUCCAUCUUCGCCCGUGCCUCUCGGCAACAGGUCCCGGUCGCUCGCACCUUCCUGACCUCCGCUGUCCGCCGCGCCGACCCUGUCCAGGACCUGUACCUUAAGGAACUGAAGGCCUUCAAGCCCACUCCUCUCAAGGCUGGUGACGCCGAUGCCCACGUUCAGAACGAGUUGUCCGCCUACCAGAGCCAGGAGGUUGAGGUUGAGGGCCAGGCCGCCGCUGGUGAGGCCGCCCCCGUCGAGGAGUCUUGGUUUGAGGAGGAUGAGGAGGAGGUUGCUGCUGCCCACUAA